GUAUCGCCCACAAAUACAAUCGAUACCUCGGUACCAGUAUCAUCCCUCUCUUUCACCCCUAUACCUCUCCGCGACCCAUCUACAACUUCGUCAAUAUGUCAUCAAACGGUUCCGCCACGGCUUUGCGUCGCCUCAUGAAGGAAUACCAAGAGAUUAGUCAGAAUGCGCCAGAAGGCAUCAUGGCAGGUCCAUCUGACGAGAACAACUUCUUCGUGUGGGACUGCCUUAUUCAGGGUCCUGAAGGCACGCCUUUCGAAGGAGGUCUCUUCCCGGCUACUCUUACUUUCCCGAAGGACUACCCCCUCUCGCCACCUGUCAUGAAGUUCACCUCAGAGAUGUUCCACCCAAAUGUCUACCCCGACGGUACCGUCUGCAUCUCCAUCCUACACGCUCCAGGAGACGACCCAAACCAGUACGAGUCAUCUUCGGAAAGAUGGUCACCAGUGCAGUCUGUGGAGAAGAUCUUGAUUAGCGUGCAGAGCAUGCUGAGUGAGCCGAAUGACGAGAGUGGAGCAAAUAUCGAAGCAUGCAAGGUGUGGCGAGAUGACAGGAAGCAGUAUAACAGGAUUGUGAGACGGUUGGCACGGGAGACGCUUGGAUUGUAAGCGGUGGUGGCGGGAUGUAGGUGGCAGGCGGCGAGCACAGAGAAGCGAAGUCGGUGUAGCGAUGUCGGAGCUUGCAUGGAUUACGAGAGUGGUAUACGCAUGCUGGAGCUAAUCCGCACCUUCUUUAUUGUCAGAGUCUCUAAUGCGAGAGACUUUCCUUUAUUCUCCAU